UACUCAGUCUUGCUUUUCGAAGGUGACGUGUAAUCCGUAUGGUCGCCCCUACUCCAGUCUUCUCUGGUUUCGUUGGAUCUCGUUGACUCUCGUCUGGCAUGCGUGCGAACGUUUAUUCGUGAUUUCAUAAUCAUCUUGUCACUGGCGAUAAACUGUUACGCGAUGUUAAAAUACGGAAGUAUUUUUUUCAUUUUUCUGUGCACACUCCAAUUUGGAACAGGACUGUAUUUUCAUAUCGGCGAAACUGAACGGAAAUGCUUUAUCGAAGAGAUCCCUGAUGACACUACGGUUUUAGUCAAUUACAAAGUAGAACUUUAUGACCCAAGAAGCGGAGGUUUCAUGCCAAGUAGUCCUGGCAUUGGUAUGCACGUUGAAGUAAAGGAUCCUGAUGACAAACCUAUCCUCUCUCGAGUUUAUAGCUCCGAAGGUCGAAUUUCCUUUACCUCGCAUACUCCAGGAGAGCACGUAAUUUGCUUGUACUCGAACAGCACUGCCUGGUUCAGCGGUACUCAAUUGAGAGUACAUCUGGAUAUUCAAGUAGGGGAACAUGCAAUCGAUUACGCCAAUGUAGCACAGAAGGAAAAGUUAUCAGAACUCCAACUUAGAAUACGUCAGCUUCUAGAUCAAGUCGGACAAAUAACGAAGGAGCAAAACUAUCAGAGGUAUCGGGAAGAACGGUUUAGGCAAACGUCCGAAAGCACUCAUCGUCGUGUAUUCUGGUGGUCUCUGACUCAGACGGUAGUAGUCCUAAUUAUGGGUGCGUGGCAAAUGAAACAUCUCAAGAGUUUCUUCGAAGCAAAGAAAUUAGUUUAAGUGUUACGAUAUAAAACACGCGUCUUGAUUUUAACUGCAGUUCAUCAUUUGUACGUCUAAAUUUCAUUUGUAGCGUUAGGAAAUUUCCAUCAUAAUAUUUGAGCACGGUGCUUAUCAAAUAAACAUGUUUCUAUCGAAUUAUCG